UACAUUUGAUAAGUGAAAUGAAAUCGCGUGCUCGAUGAGCUAGUGACGCUCCGUUAAGUGAAUCAUAAUGAUUACUCUGAAUAAAUUAGCUCUACUGAUUUUGCCAGUGAUGUUCUGGACUUUGGUGACUGUUCAUGCAGCAUUAUAGUUGACAGAACUCCGAUUCGUUAUCGGCCGUUUCGCUGCCGGAAUGGAUGGUCCGUGUCGCAAACCUUCCGAUGUGAUCAUUUCCGACACUGCAUCGACGGAUCGGAUGAGGAAGGAUGUACACCGGCGAGUUUCUUGGAAGUUCCUCCGUUGAAUGUAACUGUGAUGGUAGGCGACCUGAUGAACUUAACCUGUCGAGCUAGCGGUGUCCCGACUCCGAUUAUCGAAUGGAAGGUAUACGGAAAGCAACCGGAAGCUUAUUGUGACUGGAUUUCUGAGGACGGCAUUGGACAAUUGAGCUGUCGGAUGCGAUUAAUUGACAGUGGGAAUUAUUCCUGUGUGGCACGACAGCUCAAUGUGACUAUUGAGACUACGCCAACAGCUGUCAAGGUCAUCGGAAAUGUUUGCAAGGAUGGUUUCUUCAACGAAGUUGGCAGGAAGAAGAUGUGCAUCAAAUGCUUCUGUUCUGGAGUUUCUACGCUUUGUCACGCAGUCGACCUCUACCGCUGGAAUUACACAAUGGCGAUGAACGACUGGAAAAUGAAGUAUGCUACGAUUUCGGAUACGCAGACGUUGAAUACCAAGAUUUUCGAUGAGUUCAAGGACGUUCCCAAAAAUGUCACACCAUACUACUUCCUUCCAUUCAGAUUCACUAGGGAUCAAGUAGGAUCAUAUGGCGAGCAGUUCCGGUAUCAGAUUCUAUUAGAUAACUCCUCCUAUUCCAGGGACGAACCGGACGUCAUCUUGCAAGGUUACAACACAACGUUGCUCUUCUUCCACAAACCACCACUGCUCGUCAAUCAGACCAACCAAUUGAUGUUCCGAUUUCACGAGGUCAAUUUUCGGAAACCGGACGGGAGACGGCCUACUCGUGAUGACGUCAUGACCGUAUUGGCAUACAUCGAUGUCUUUCUGAUUAGGAUGUAUCCCUCAAAAGGAAGCUUCGCACCCAGUGAGGCACCGAUAGUGAUGGAUGCCUCGACGCAGCUUGGAUAUCACGGACUGGGUAAAGUUACUCGAAUAGAGGAGUGCCGGUGUCCCCAUGGAUAUCGAGGAACUUCGUGCGAGCUAUGUGAUUUUGGGUAUCACCGGGUGAUGCGAUUCGUCAGAACUGGAGCCUGCAUGCCUUGGGAGUGGCAACGGGAGGAGUACUACAAGGUGUCCACCACGACGACGAUGCGAAAUUAUUAUUAUGUCUAAGAGCGUUAGGAGGAUUUGGAAGCUGAAAGUUCAUAAUCCACCGUAUUAGAUUUGCUAUGUAUCGAUUUUGCUUCGUUAUUCCAAUUAUACACACUUAAUUUAAAAUGCCGAGAUUCGCACAGCCGAGUAGUCCACAAACUAAUUGACUGGGAAAUAAAAGCCGAGUAGGUAUCAGUAAACCGUGCCUCGUUUCUCAGCAACCGGACAAUUUGUAACCUGAGUUUCGGUUGAAAUUGGAUAACCGAGAUUCGCACAGCCGAGCUCAUGAAAAAUUUUAAGUGUGUAUAAUGAAAUUGUGAUAUACUACAAGAUGGGAUGAAUCGUAGCAUUUGACCACCCUCGACUUCAACAUUUUUGAGAAAUAAAAUUAAAAAAUCGAAAUGUAUUGUUCUAUAAAAUUCAUCUCUUUGUAUAAUUUAAUACUGAUUAACAAUAUUUGUUUCUCUCAGUUCUUUUCAUUUUCAGUAACUUUUUUGGAAACAUCGUUUAGAUCAAAGGCAAUGUUUUUUUUUGCAUGCACCUAAAAUUGAAUAAUAACUAAAUUGUAUUACAUUUUUUCGAUAUCAGUUACUCUUACAAUAUUAUCGUGAAUAGCAAGUCCAUCCCAUCUGUAGUAUCUAGGCUGUGAAGUUUCCAUGCAAAACAUCAAAAAAAUCCAGGAGAUUGGAACAUGCUCUAAUAAAACCUUUGUCAAAUGUAAAUAUA